AUGGGCCCAACGUCCGUUCGUCGCAACCUUUUCCACCAUCAUCUCGGCAGACGUCCUGUGUCCACUGUCCCUUCAAGUGCUUCAGGGCAAAGCAGUGGUAGCGCGGCUAACAAUGGUGUCUCUGGUUACUCAUCCCACAUGUCUGCCGCUUCCACCGAGUCAACCUCUUCCCUGAGUUCCGGCCCGGUCGAUAAUGGAGAAAUCGUAGCCAGAGGAAAGAACGGUGACUAUAAGCUCGACAUCCCCAUCCUUCCUCCAAUCACUGGGGUGGAUGAUGGUGAUGAGAUGGAGGGUGUAGAAGAUGGGGGAGUUCCCAGAGGCUCUGGAGCUGGAGGUGUUGAUUCUACAGGGCAGACAGGAAUGGGCGGUAGUGGAAAAGAAAAAAUCCUGAACCUCGUUCACCAAAGUCUGCGGAACAAAGUGGCCGUAUUGGACGAGGACAACUGGAUGUACGAACCAGAGAGCGAGGCAGGACUCUAA